AUGAUCCAAGAACGUCGAGACGAGAACAAUGUAGAAUAUAUGGGAAACGAAGAGAUUGAUGAUAGUUUGUUAAUCAAUAGACUUUCUUUGAACGAGAGGCAGAUAUUAGAGCAUGAGUCAAGCAAUAAGGAUGAGAAUUCUGGCAAUGAAACAGCGAAUGGUAUUCCAACGUCACCAUCAUCUAAUGAAGAACUACAAGAUCCCAUAUUGAUUGAAACUGAAGGAAGAGGUUCAGAAGAAGCAUGGUUGUCUUAUAAGUCUCUGGUCAACUCCAACCAGUUGGAUAAAUUGGAUAUUAAGGAUUUCAAUAGGGUGCUCGGUUUACUUAAAAAAAGCAUCUCAUCACAUCCGGAAUCUCAUGGAAGAAUGCUUACAAUAUUAGAAGAUAUGCAAAGUGUAGCCAAGGUAGAACCUGAUGAAUCCACAUACAAUAUUUUGAUGUCCAUGUGCCUGGAGAGAAAGGAUUUCAAAGGGAUCAAACAUUAUUUCAAGGCAAUGCAGCAACAGAAUAUCAAUCCAAAUACAGUGACAUACAACAUAAUAAUCACCGCCGUUGUUAAAUUAGGAAAACCAGGCAAUGCUUUUGCGCUUUAUGAUGAGAUGGUAAAAAAAGGUAUUGAGAGAAAUCACAGAACAUACACAGUGUUACUUCAAGCUUGUGCGAAGAAGCAAAGUAUAAGUCGAGCCAAACUACUUUAUGAAGCUAUGCUUAAAGAGGGAAUUAAACCCGAUGUAGUGGUAUAUAAUGCACGGAUUAAUGUGAUUGCAAGAAAUGCUCGUAAUAUAAAGGAAUUGAGGCCGGCAUUUGACAUCGUUGAAGAAAUGAGACAGAAUCAUGUUAACUUAACAACUUCAACCUACCAUAUACUUAUUAAAUCGCUGAUGGAAAUGAAUGAACGUACGGAAUCAUUGCAACUUUUCAAUCAGAUGGAGUACGAUCAGUGCUUACCCGAUGCACUAAUCCUAGAAGGAAUUGGAAUAACUGGACUACAAGCAUUAAUAAAGAUGAGAGAUACAUAUAAUAUGACUCCGACAACAGAGGAUUAUAACACAUUCAUGAAUCAAGCCCUCAAUGAAUCAAAAUUUAAUGAUGCUAAUGAGAUUCUGAAGCUUAUGUUAAAAUGUGGAUUUAAACCUUCAGUUUCGACCUAUUCAAUAAUCAUAAACGCUCACAUUAGAAAUGGUGAUGUUGUAAGGGCAAUGCAAUUAUAUGAAGCGAUGAAAAGAGAUAAUAUUCAAGCGGAUUCUUACAUCUUUUCUUCUCUAAUUGUUGGUCACAUAGCGCAAGGUGAUGUCGGUCGAGCAUUUGAGUUAUAUGGUGAUAUGUUAAAUUCAAACAUUGAACUAAAUACCCUUACCAUUAAUCGGAUGGUCGACACCGCCAGUAAACUGGAUGAUGUUUCAAUAGUUCAGAAAGUUUUUGAAAGACUGUUGAAUUUAACGAAUCCAGGGAAAAUAGCUUUUGAAAUGGUUAUCUGGCGGAUAGCACAAGUAGGUGACCGAGUUAAGGUGGAUGAAUAUUUAUCGUUGAUGGCAAGACGUGAUCAUAACAUUAACGAUGAAACAUUUAGAUCUAUUAUAACUGGUUCUUGCAAAGGAAAACAUUUACGCGAAGCGAGAUUUUGGUAUAAAAGAAUGAUCGAUCUAGGGUUAAGACCAAAUCACAUGCUACUCUCUUCGUUGUUAAAAUGUCACGCUGAAUCUAAGGACGUGGAAAUGACAUACGUGUUGUGGGACGAUUUUCACUAUUUCAGCAUAUUGCCUGACGACGAGGACAUUAUGUUUAUACUGCUGGUUUGUAGGGAAACAAAAUCUUGGCAGAUGGAAAAUCGGGUACUCGAACAACUGAAAGAAUUAGGUUACAAUGUGGAUACUUACAAGUCUGAAAUAGAAUCUGUAAAAUUGGACCAGUCGCGGGAGAUUACUCGUGGUGCGAUAGAAACAUGGAUUAAGACGCGUAAACCAUCGGACUUUGGUCAAAAAAAUAGAGAACUCAAAGACGCACAAGUAAAACUUCAAAAGUGGGCUAAAAAUGUUGGCUUGAAAAAUGAAUUACGACUGGAUAAAAGCGCAAAGAAUAGAAUAGCCCAGUGGUUACCAUAUCGUAAAAUAGAGGCAAUGAGCAGGGAAAAAAAGAAACCGAUCGAAUAA